AUGAAAUCUAAUUUAUUUCUUGCAGGUCGCUUUGUCAAGUCGAAUUCCUUUCCUUCCAACUUGUCCAAAGAGCAGAAACGAAUGUUGUUCAAGAUGGGAGUUCGUUCGGUGUCAGCCCUCAAGAAUAUUGUGCUGUUCUUUUUCCACGGCGUCGGCGGAAGCUCGGACAUUUGGCAGACGCAAAUCAACUACUUCUCCAGCCUCGGUUUCGAAAUCGUAGCUCCCGAUCUCAUUGGUCAUGGCAUGAGCGAAGUGCCGCUCAAGAAGAGGGCAUAUCACUUCCGGGAGAUUUUGGCAGACGUAAUCGCCAUCUUUGAUAGAUAUUGCAAAAAGAAAAACCUUGUCAUUGGACAUUCAUACGGAUGUGCAUUUACCACAGUGUUGGCGCGGGAGCGCGCCCGACGCGUCUGGCGCUUAAUCAUGAUCAGCGGAGGAGGACCAAUUCCAUUGGCACCGGAAAUUGGAAUAUUCGCCUUCCCUCUCUGGUUUGUAUCCUGUGUACGACCCUGUCUGGACCAGGUUUUUGAGAAGUGA